AUGUGUGCCUUCCGUCUGGGUUAUCUUUUUUUUUUUUUUUUAUUUUUUUUUUUUACUUUUUCACUCACUUUAUCCACUUUCUCGUAUGGGUGCUCUCACUUUGCCCAUGCGCGCAUACUCACCUUAACGGUUGUUGUACACAACAGUUCUAUAAUUAUCCCAUUUGUCGGCUUAAAAUCGGAUCAAACCUUCCCAAAAUUGAUCAGUUGCAGAUGCUUGCCGAUUAAGACGUCCCCUGAAAAAUCCCCAAUGCACCGCUGCCUAUUGCCAUUAUGGAAGAGCCAAUUAUUCCAAAAGACCCGACGUUUAUCUUCGAUCGACGCUCGUCUCCUAAACAACCUUAGAUCUAAACCUUAG